AGGUUUGAUACGCAGCGACAAAGACAGCGAGCUUGAAACCUAUGGGGAAGGAAUAAAAAAAGAAAUUCGGUUUCGACGCGCUCCGCUCUCACAGACCAACGUUUUACCGGAGAGCUAGCCGCCCCGGGGCCUCUGUAGAGACACCGACAUUUAACGGUGGGUUUUAAGCGACAGGUAAGCCGCUGAAUUCGCGGAAGAAAACUGUGUCAACUGGCAGAUUUUCCGUUGGACCGUCUGUAGGCUAGCGUAUAGCGAGGGAGCCGCCAUGGCAGUCGGAUCAUUGAGCCUCCACAUCGGGAUAUGAAGAGGAACUGCAUGUGCCCCGAAUCGUCAAGGAAAAGCGCCACACUUGCUGUGACCCGUACCGGAUCUUUACUCUGAACAUCUGAAACUCAUAUUCGUAAAGCUGAUUCCAGAAGGACAAUUGCAGUUGGUUUUUAAUAGCGGGGAGCCACAGGGAGAGGCCAGAUUCAUGACUAUUUCAGUCGGAGACGUGUCUUAAAAGGCCCGCUGAACAGAAAACCUGGACCAUAUUGAGGAAACGAUGUUCUGAUUGAGCGCUGCUGGCAAAGAAAAGGGUCGUUGAUUCGGUGAUAGCGAAGUGGUGUGAAGGAUCGAGGGGAUUUUGACUGUCCUCCCUGUGAAUUACACUGAUAUUCAUUUACUGGCAUCCUCUUUUGGAUGAGAAGACUCGGCGUAUCGAUCAGCCCUGCCGUUUAGCAAGUCACUCACUGUCUCCAAGAAGAUAAUCAAAGGGAUCGGAUCAUGUCGGGUCGGCCCAGGACCACAUCUUUCGCAGAGAGCUGCAAGCCAGUGCCGCAGCCCUCUGCUUUCGGCAGCGUCAAAGUCAGCAGAGAUAAGGAUGGAAGUAAGGUAACAACAGUCGUGGCCACUCCAGGCCAAGGCCCUGACCGGCCACAGGAGGUGAGCUACACGGACACUAAGGUCAUCGGCAACGGCUCAUUCGGCGUUGUGUACCAGGCGAAACUGUGCGACUCCGGAGAGUUGGUGGCCAUUAAGAAGGUCUUGCAAGACAAGAGGUUUAAGAAUCGUGAGCUGCAGAUCAUGAGAAAGUUGGACCACUGCAACAUAGUCCGCCUGCGUUACUUCUUCUACUCCAGUGGUGACAAGAAAGACGAAGUGUAUCUGAAUUUGGUCCUGGACUAUGUCCCCGAGACGGUCUACAGAGUGGCAAGACACUACAGCCGAGCCAAACAGACCCUUCCCAUGGUUUUUGUCAAGUUGUACAUGUACCAGCUGUUCAGGAGCCUGGCCUACAUCCAUUCGUUUGGGAUCUGCCAUCGGGACAUCAAACCCCAGAACCUGCUGCUGGAUCCUGAGACCGCUGUGCUUAAACUCUGUGACUUUGGCAGUGCUAAGCAGCUGGUCCGCGGAGAGCCAAACGUGUCCUACAUCUGCUCUCGCUAUUAUCGAGCCCCUGAGCUCAUCUUUGGUGCCACUGACUACACCUCCAGCAUAGAUGUGUGGUCAGCUGGCUGCGUACUGGCAGAGCUGUUACUAGGGCAGCCAAUCUUUCCUGGCGACAGUGGAGUGGAUCAGUUGGUCGAAAUUAUCAAGGUUCUUGGCACCCCAACCCGAGAGCAGAUCCGUGAGAUGAACCCCAACUACACUGAGUUCAAAUUCCCCCAGAUUAAGGCACACCCUUGGACUAAGGUGAGUCAACAGGUAUUCCGGCCGCGUACGCCUCCCGAGGCCAUCGCUCUGUGCUCUCGUCUAUUGGAGUACACGCCCACAGCUCGCCUCACACCUCUGGAAGCCUGCGCACACUCUUUCUUCGACGAGCUGCGCGAACCCAACGUCAAACUGCCCAACGGGAGAGAGAAGCCCUCCCUCUUCAACUUCACCACCCAAGAAUUGUCCAGUAAUCCCUCUCUGGCCUCCAUACUCAUCCCUGCCCAUGCCCGCAGCCAGGCCGCCGCCUCUACCCCAACCAAUGCCUCUGCCACCACAGAUGGCAGCAGCACAGAGCGAGGUCCCAGCAACACCACCGCCUCUGCCUCAGCCUCCAACUCCACCUCCUGAGUCCACACACACCACUUGCCCUGCCCCGGUCUUAGCCCCAGCCCCACAGCCUUGCCGUUGCCCCAGCCUGGGGGUGAGCUCUGCUCAGCUCUGCUCUGCCCUGCUCUCCCCCCUGACAGCAGCGGAGUGAUGCUGAUGCAGUCAUGGUUCAACAGCUAGACAACAGCCCUUACAACGCAAACCACAAACACAAACCGAUCAUCCCCUAAUCUGCCUCUGUUAUCUCCCGACUGGCCCCCUCUCAUCCAGCUGUUUGAACUGUACUCCAUCCUUCCUCACUGACAUCUGUCCGUGCUCUUCCAAAUGGGGAAACAAUGUGCAGGGCCAAAGGUGUUGUCGACUGUACUAUUGAUAAAAGUACACCGUACAUGUAUACACACAAUGCUAGCCUGCUAAUGUUUGUAAGUGGACAAUCUGUAGAAAAAAAGUCCUAAGCUUUUUCCCCUGUCCCUGACUCCUUUUGUCCUCCCUUGCAUUGGUCUAUUUUUCUGCAUCCUCAUCCUGUGAUCUCAGACCCCCAACCCCACCCCUCCUCCUUUGGUUCCUCCUGUAGUGCAUGGCCUGAGUAUGGUUAGGAUCGCCUGGGGGCGGGGACACCGCACCCCCUCACACUUCUCACCUCCACCUCCGUAAACAAGGCAUGAGGCUCACGCACGCGUAUACAAACACACAAACACACAUACACACACGUGAAACGCACACACAUGCAGACACUCAUGAAACACACACACAAACCGAUGCAUGACGAUCCUUAUGUAUGUGGGGAAAGCAGUCCAUUUGUUGGGGCUAAGCUUAGACAGGUUGUUUUUUUUGUUUGUUUGUUUUUCCCCUUGCCUGGGGUUUGUUUUUAAAUGGUUAGUCCGCUGUUUUACUCGAACCUCGCUUGUGUUCUUUUGUUUUCGUAAUUCAGGGCAGAUGUUUUAUCGGAUUGCCAUGUGCGAUGGAUGUGACAUGUAUCUGGUCCUGUGUGCUUGUAUAAUAUAUACAUACAAUACAAAACAAACAUGCAUACAUACACAGUUUAUAUAUUACUUUUCCUUAUGUAUAAAAAGUAUAUAUAGAUAUAUGUAUAUUAACUACAAUGGUUCAGAAAUCAGUUAUGGUGAGCUCAUAUCUGGCAGAGCAGUGGCAAUAUUUGCCGCUGCCUGAAGACGAUAGAUUUAGAUUUGGUGGGGUUUCGUUUUUUUCAGUCUGUUGCUGGAGUGUGGUUAGAUUCCAGCAGUCACUUCUCUCUUCUCCUGUGUUUGUAUUACGGUUGUAUAUGGAUUUAGGGCACUGCUCUAUUCCCCAUUCUGUACACCGACUGUUUGUGUGACAGUUCAGACAGUUCUCUAGACAUCUUACCUUGUCUAGAUCUUCCUCUUUGCCUCUGUAAAGAAUUACAAGAUGUUCUUCAACACUUUUCUUUCCUUUUGAGCGAUCUUAGUGAUGGUCCUUGGCUUCACCACUGACUUCCUCAUGUGUUGUGACCACUGACUCAAGUGUUAUAGCCUAGCCUUCGUUCUCCUUCACCUGCCUCACAUAGAGCCACUCGGUACAGUCUGUCAAAGCGUCUUAUUUACAGAGAAUAUUCACCACACCGAGAAAAAGAAAAAAGAAAGAAAACAAAACGAUAAAUAUAAAAGCUGAAGUUGUAUAUACAGUAUAAAUGCUCCUCACCAAAAUCCUGACUUGUAUGUUGUUUUUUUAUGUUAUGUUGAUUAUUUUUCCCAUGUUGUGUUCAAGAUAUAUAUACAUAUAUAUGUGUGUAUAUAUAUGUAUAUAUAUAUGCAGACCCAUGUACUGUUUAUGAGCAAAAACAAAGAUGACAAAGGGUAGAGAAAGAUAUUAAAAAAAAGAAAAAAAAGAGAAAAAAACAGAAUCAGGUGAUGUUGUUUUUGGAUAUUGUAGAUGAUGAUAAUGAUGAUCAGCUUUAUCCAGCCAUAUGUUCAAUCUUACCUGUACAGUACAGUAGAUGACAGCUGUAUUAUUGUAACAAGAACUAGUCAUGUAUAGUGUAACUAUAGUUUGGAGUGCCUUUGCUUUCAUACACCUUCGCCUUGUUUACCUAUCCCCCCCCCCCAACCCAGUCCAUGACACCCCGUCCACUCACCCACCCUAAUAUUGUGACUCUCCCUUUGGUGCUGUUGAAUGUCCUACAAUACACACACACACACACGCGCACACACUCUUCCAGUUGAUUUCCCCCACUCUUCCCUCUUUUCAUUGCACAUUUAACGUCAUAUACAGAUAUUGUUAAUUGUAAGGAUAUUUUUCUCCUUAACUGAAUUAAGAUUAAGUCAACAAGUGUUUAUUUUAAAUAGAUAUUUUAUCUUGGACUCACAUGCACACACACACACAUGUAUACACCACAGUCCUAGCACAGACCCCCGGGCAUGUAUUAUGUGGUGUGCAGGGGUGGUGUUGUGGAUGGCAGCAGGGUUUUUUUUUUUGUUUUGUUUUUGUUUGUUUUAAAUGAAAGGCCUCAUAUACUGUAUAUGUACAAUACAGUACCGUUUCUGUAUUACUCACAGUGUUGGUUCUGUUACCAAAGCCAAACUAUGAUGUAGUUGUGAUGAGCCAUCCUCAGAGGCAAUAAUAUAUUCUGACUCUUCUUCUCUCUGGAUAUUUUGUUGUUUCUCUGUCCUUUUGCGUGUCUUUCCUCCUCCCUGUCUGCAUAUUCAGGGGGGGAUUCAGUAGCACCUAAAGGGGUUGAGUCAUGUAGCCUUUAUCCUGUCUCCUGCUUGCUGUAAUUUUGCAUUCAUGAACGUGUUGCUUCCCUCCACCAGAAAGUCUGACCACUUCACCCCACCCCUUAAGUCCAGUUCAAUGAAAAACCACAAAUGCUACCAAAAAAAAGAAGACAAACAAGUAUAUAUGUUAGUAUAUUAUUGUACUAGCAUGUAUGCUAGUUUAAUAUGCUAAGUGGGUUUAACUGGGGUUAAAGAAGAGAAAAAUAAUAGAAAAUACUACAAAAACAUCCUGUAUAACAGUACUAUUACUUGAAUGCCUCUGUUUGUGACUGAAAUUUUUAUUUCUUUUUUUUUUCUCCCCUUUUUUUUGUUCUGUGAAGGUAUGCUAAAUGUGCACCUCUGUAAAUAUUCCCCCUGCGUGCUCUGAGGAAUAGUUCCCUGGUACUGUAAUUUGCAUUAAAUAAAGAGUAGGAUAGCCUGGAAAUGAUAA